AUGGACGAAAUUGCCAUCUACGUUACUAGAGGCAAUGCUGCUGAUAAACAUGCGCAGGAAUCGCUCGGUUCCGCAGCAUCUAUUCAAUCAGAGGGCCACUAUGCUUCAUUCAGAAACGCAGAAUGUCCUAUCAACGGUGGUGCACUUACUGGAUUCGGUCCAGGUGAGAGACUAUUUGUAGCAUCACCAAAUAAAGCGCUUAUAACUACCUAUGCAUGGGGAAAGGAGAGUGCAGAUCAAAGAUUCCCCGUCCCAGAGCCACUUUCGUGUCUCACGUUGGCUAAAUAUCCACCUGGAACAGGUAUUUAUCACGAUUCUGGAAACAUAGACGAAAAAGACGAUGAAUUAGAUGCUUCAAGCAUCGAGAAACCUUCAUACUCCACGCCGUGGCUUUUAGCGGCCGGCUCAAAGAGCGGUCGUUUGUACAUUUGGGAGCUAGCACUGGGUGACUUAGUUUGUGUCAAGGAUGCGCACUACCAAGAAAUCUCUAGUAUUUCAUUUUCAAAGUGUGGCACAUUUUUGGUCACUGGUGGUCUUGACACUCGUAUUCAUGUUUGGGAUACCUUGAGUCUUGUAACGCCUGCCCUCCUGACGGGAUGCAAACCAUUCGCAACAUUUUCCAAUCAUUCUUUGCAAGUCACACAGAUUGAAAUUUACUCUGCAGCUUUGGUCUCGGAUUUCAAGGUAUACUCCUCUUCAAAGGAUGGUACUGUGUGCAUCUACGAUAUCUUGUCUAAAAGCUUGCUUACCACGUUCGUUUUGCCAUGCGCAGUCGAAUGCUUUGCUAGAGAUCCUGCCGGACGUACUAUUUAUGCUGGUCUUGCUGACGGAACUGUCAGACUGGUACCAUUAUACGUGGUAAACCCCCACAGCAAUAUCCUAGAGGCUGUGGGCGGUAGUGGAAAGGUUGUCACAGUCGAAGCAGACCCUAAUCUUACUUCUACAUUUGUUCACCAUGUGUCAACAUCUAAUGAAGGUGCACUGAACAAGGAUCUGGCCGAUAAGAGCCCACUUUGUCAUCCAACAGUCAUGAGGGUGUCUAUGGAUGGCAUGCAACUUAUUUCGGGUGACUCUUGUGGCCAAACUUUCGUGGCUGAUAUUGUCACAAAACAGGUUGUUAAAGCAUUCACAGCAUGCAAGUCCCCAAUCGCAUAUCUUUCUGUUGAUGUAUGUGACAAGAAGGCGCUUAUGGCACAGACGUUUUUCGAGAAAAAGCACAGACUUCUCCCACCUCUCAAGCGUAUCUUGGUGUCUGUGGAUCCACUUCAGCACUCGUUGACAAUGCAAUUGUCUGGUGCCACAGAGACAGAGGAGAGCUUCGAGCUGUGGCUCCAACAAAAAGCAAAUGAGGAAUUCGAAUUCACUAAAGCUUCUUUUGCGCCAUCUACAGCAGCAUCAACUGACAUUAAAAACGACGAGGCUGUCCAGCUUCAACUCAAGUUAGACAAGGUUUCGGCGGCUUACAACGAAUUGAAGGAUCAAUACGAAGAGCUUUUGGCUGCGCAUGAGCAGUAA